AUGACUCAAAGGAGUCCAGGUAUGUUUCCUUCUGACACUCUCACUAAUCCUAAGGAUCCUAAUUCUGAAAAUUGUUCAUCCGUCACUCUUAGGAGUGGUAGGCCUUUAAAGGAGAAGGAAGUUGAAAAAGAGAGCGUGAAACAUGAUAUUGUUGUUGAAAGAGAAAUUGAAGAAAGAGAGCCUAGUGAGAUGCUGGUUGAGAAAAAAAAAGUAAUUUCCUCUCAUAGAAAAAUACUUUUCCCUAAAGCUUUAGCCAAAAAGAAUUUACAGAAGCACUUCUCAAAAUUCUUGGAGAUCUUUAAGAAAUUGGAAAUUAACAUUCCAUUUUCUGAAGAUUUAGAGCAAAUGCCUGUUUAUUCUAAAUUCAUGAAAGAUAUUUUGUUUAAGAGGAGGAAAUUGAGUGAAGUUAACAAAAUUGUUCUUAUGACUGAGGAGUUCAAUGCACAUGUCCAGAAGAAGCUCCCCCAAAAGCUAAAAGAUAUGUGGAGUUUCACUAUUCCAGUUGAUAUUGAAGGUCUGCUAGGGGCCAAAGCAUUGUGUGACUUAGGAGCUAGCAUCAAUUUGAUGCCGCUCUCCAUUUUUAAGAGGCUUGACUUGGGAGAAGCCACCCCAACCAUGAUGUCCUUGCAGCUAGCCGAUAGAUCCAUUAAACUUCCUUAUGGGAUUCCUUGCAGCUAG